UUUAACUUCCUUUUACGUGUUUUCAAGAUUUUUUUUUUUCUUAAAAAAAUUAACAACCAGAAAGUAUCUAUCUGGCUUUCCAUCUCCAAACGGUUCUGAGAUUCUCUUCUUCAAUCUAUUGUUUGUAAUUGUUUUAUUUAAUGGUUGAUUUUAGGUUGGAGGGAGAAAGGUUGAGUGAGUCUCUCUGUUUUUCUGCUGAUCAAAUUGGUUUUGGUGCUUGAAGAUAUAAAGCUCUGGUGUGUUGAAGAAUAUCUUCUCUUGAUGCAAGAUUUACUCUCUUAAAACGAUGAUAGCAGAUAAUGAUCACGUUGUUGGACUUUCAGUAGAGAGUUUCAAAGAUGAAUCUAAGCAUCAUAAGUGCCCUGAAGAGAUUAGAGAAGAUGCAGAGCUAAAGAUUCCUAAAAACAAGAACAAUGUGUGUGAGUUGUUUUAUGAUACAAGAAGCGGCGACGAAUGUGAUAAAGAGAAUGAUGGAAACAACAAAGCUUUGAAACACCACUAUUGUGGAGAUUCUGAUGAGGCUGGAAAGAUGAUGAUACGAGGUAAUAGUCAAGAUACUGCUGCUAAGGGUGGUUUGUUUUAUAUGGACAAGAACGUCACGGCUUGUGCCUCGCCUGAGGUUGUUGUUUGUUACAAGGAGAGUACUUAUCAUGUAGUGAAGGAUAUAUGUGUUGAUGAAGGUGUGCCGGUCCAAGAGAAGUUCUUAUUCGGUGAGGAAGAUUCUGUGAGGUGUAACUCAGAGGAUUUGGUGGAAACCAAGUCCCCUGAAGACAGAAACGGUAAGCUUGAUGGUUCUGAGCUUUGUAAUGAUUCUAAGACAAACCAAGAUGUGGAAGAGUUUUCAAGAGAAGGUUUAGCUGAUGCUGAAGGUUCUAGAAGUUGCAAUCAGGAGGAUUUGAUUGUGACAAAAGAAGCCAAGGAGGUAGUGGCUAGUACAUCAGAGAAUGUCUUAACUUUGGGAGGUAUUAUUCUAUCAAGUGAAGAUGAACAAAAACCUCUUAACAAUAGCCAUAGAAGUGAAGAAAAAUCUCCAUCUCAACUUCAGGAGAAUGAACAAAGAAGCUUAGAAACAGAGGAGCCAAGGAAGGCAGAGGAGAAGCUUUCCUCUGUUUCUAUAGCAACCUCUCAUGAACCUGAAAGGCCUGGAACCGAUCAGCAACAACCAGACUCGUUUGAAGAUGGCAAACUUUUCUCUAGCGGAUUUGGAGAGACAAGUUUCUCAGCAGCAGAAGCAGUUUCAAUAUCAGGUCAUAUAUCAUACUCAGGACCAGUUGUAGUCUCUGGACGCCUCUCUGUUCGUUCUGAUGCAAGCACAACGAGUGGAAGAUCCUUUGCUUUCCCAAUAUUGCAGUCAGAAUGGAACAGUAGUCCUGAAAGAAUGGCUAAAGCUGAGAAGAGAAGACUCAAAGGAUGGAGAGAGAUCCUUCUCUGCUGUAGAUUCUCUUAAUCAACCAGUCCAAAAGCUUUUCACUUUGAAGCAUAGAAGAGGAAGAAGAAUGAUUUAUAGUUUUGGUGUGUAAUUGGCAUUUUGGUAGUGUUAUUUUUUGGGUUUAACAGUUUAGGGCUUUUGAGUUUGGUUACAGAUGCAAAAUGGUGGGGGUUGUGUAACGGAUGAGUUCAUUAUUAUUUGAUUUUAUUCAUGCAUGUUCAUUCUUUGGUUUAGC